AUUUCAAAAUAAGGCCAGAAACGUACAAUCACUAUCGGCAAAAUAUUUUUAAAUGUCACCAGCAAGCUAUUACUACUUGUCGACUUGUUUGAGCGAAUCAAAUGAUGUUGAUAGGGAUAACUUACUAUUAUUUUAUCAUUCGAAAUGCAGUUGAAAGACCGUUGUUUAGUUGUUAUUGCACUAAUCACAGGUCGUAACUUUCCUAAUCGACCUACAUAUCAUUUAGUAUGUGAAGCCAAAUUCAAUAAUGAAGUUUUAUCAACUGAUCCAGUUGAACAUAAUGAAGAACCCCAAUUUGAACAGGAACUUGCUUGGGAUUUAGAUAAAACAAGUUUAAAACAACAUCGUUUACAACGGAGCGCAUUGAAAGUGACGGUAUCCGCUGUUGACAGCCAAUCACCAGUUAAAGAACCAAUUGGAUUUUUCAUGUUAGAUUUACGUUCAUGUUCUACUGAAAAAGUCUACAAAUGGUAUCGAAUUCUGCAUAGUAAAUAUAAAAGCAGUCCAGCUGUAUUUGCUUCAAUUUAUUUAGAUAUUGAAGGACAAGAACUUGUUCCCAAUCCAAAAAUCAAAACAGGUUUGGCGAUGAGCCUAUCAGAAGCUGAUUUAAUACCUCGUGUUUAUAAUUCAGAAGAAGACAAUCAACACUUUUCAGUACCUACAACAACGGCAAAUAUACAAUCAACAAAUAUCACUUGGUAUACAAUUGGUCCAAGGCGUUUAGCAAAAGAAUAUUUUAUGUUAACUUUUCAGUUUGAAGAAGCUUUUAAAUUAGAAUCAUUAAUUCCAAUUGAACAAAGUUUAUGUUCAGGUGAACAUAUUGGUGGAUUUCAUUUUACAUGUGAACUAUUUGGUAUUACAAUUUACUCUAAUCAAUUCAGUCAAUUAAUGCAAGUGAAAUUCAAUUCAAUCGAACAAACUUUCUAUAUUAAAUCAACAGUUGAUAUUCUACGUAUUUAUUUUGUGCAUAUUACUCCAUUAGUGAUCAAAUUUUGUUUUGGAAGUCAUGUAUUAGCACAUGCAACUGUUCCAGUAGAACAACUAAUACCGUUCAAUGAUCAUAUACUACAGAAUACUGCUGUAUUAAAUAGAAGUUUUGACCUUAUAUCCGAAGAAUCUGACCAACAAUUAAAAGAAUAUCAAAGUAAGCAUACUGAAGAUAAACCACGUGUCAAUAUAAACAUAACACUUCGACGAUAUCCUGAUAAAAAUGCAAUACAACAACGAUCGACCAUGACAAAUAAUAAUAAUAGUAGCAGAAGAUUGCGCAAUAUGACAGAUUCAUUGAAUCAUAUUUCUUCACUGAAUCUCGAUCCAUAUGCAGAUGUAAAUACAAUGAGUUCGAAUGUAAAUGAAAAUUAUGAUCAGUUUGUAACUUCGUUACCGGAGGGAAAAACACUUAAACAAUCCAGUAGAACACUUGAACGUGAUGACUAUUUAUGUCCAUCAAAACUGCUGAACGUUUAUCAGUCAAUGGAUGGUACACCCGAUUGGCAUCGUUAUUGUUACACUAUUGAACUAAGAAGUGUAAAAAAUAUUCAAGGUUUCGACCAUGAGUUACAACUUUACGCCAGAUAUGUAUAUCCAUUGUUUGGAAGUGGAGCCCCAGUUAUGACACUUCCACCGAUUGCCGUAGCCAGAAAUCAAGAGGUUAUUCUUCCGCAUGGGUUUUGUGCUUUCGAGUUUGCUGCAUCGCCUGAAGAAUUAAAAACUCGUCUUAAUGACAAUCCAUUGAAAGUGGAAUUUUUCGAUCGAUCACAAGGUACUUUAGCAACAGAUUCCUUCAUUGGAUAUUCCCUUAUACCUUUAGUAUCAGUCUUUGAAUCAUCAAUUGUUAAAGCCACAAAAGAAUCGUCUACUUUAGUCAGACGUAUAAAUGAUAGUGUUGACAUGUUAGCUGAACAAAGCAAUACAAAUGAAUUAAAAGUUGUUGGACAACUUGUCUAUUCAUUACAGUUAGAAGAUUUCGGUGCACAUAAUGUAGAUAGUAAUGCAUCUGUAUUGGAUAUGACAAAGGGAUUAGUUCAUCAAAUAAAUGAUGAAAUCAAGUCUGAACCAUCAGAUAUACGAUCAACCCGUGAAUAUCAAGUGGCUAUUGAGUUGGAACUGUGGCGUGCAGCAGAAGAAGCCAAAUUUACUGCUCAAUUAAAGAAACGAGAACAGACACUGAUGGCUACACUUGCUGAAGAAUGGCAUAAAAGAGAUAGUCAACGCGAAAUUAUAUGUCGUAAAAAGCUUUCUGAAUAUCAAGCUCUGGAGGAAAAAUUGCGCAAUACACUCAUUGAACUUGCUACUAGAGAGCGUCAGCUAACCGCAGGUGAGGCAGAAUUGGUACGCCUGAAACAAGAAAAUGCAAGGGAAUUGGAAGUUAGACGCAAAGAAUUGAAUCAACAGUCUCAAGUUCAGAUUCGUGAUCUAGAGAGUCAGAUGAAAUUGGAGAAAAAAAACUCUGAGCAUUGGAAGUCACAAAUAGUUGAAUGGCGAAGUAAGUAUGCUUCUCUGGAGGAAGAGAAUAACAGUCUAAGAAGUGAAAUAAACGGCAGAUUGAAAAAGUCGGUAGAUAACAAAGCGUCUAACGAAACACCUUCAAUAAACAAUGAAGUAGCCCGACUGACUGCAGAAUUAGCAGUUGCUCGGGCUACACUGUCCGAAACAGAAUGCCGUUUAGUUGAAGUAGAACGUGGUCGAGCAAGAUAUCGUCAGUUAUGGACGAAAUCUCUGCAUGAACUAGCCAAGGUAAAACAAGAAGCAGAUGAAGCUACUCGAAUUUCACUGGCACAAAAAGAAGCAGAACUUGAACAAAUAAAGUCUUACUACUUAAAUGUUGAUGAAAAACGACCAACUAGCCAAGAUUUAAAAGAACCGACAGAUGGUAACUUGGAACGAUCCAAAAUGAAUGAGGAAAUGACUACUGAAAUAAACGUUUCUGAUGUAAAGUCUGUGGUGGAUGAGAAAAUCGAAGCACAAAUAACUCGGCUGAUUGAAGAACGUGACGGUCUACUAAAUACUGGUGUUUACGAAAAUAGUGAUUCUUUAAUUGUUGAUCUUGAUCGACAAAUUAGAUACCUUUUAGGGAAAAUAUAAUUCCAUCUAUUUGCUUUUUAAUAAAUACAAAGCUACUUGUAGUCAAACAAGUUGUGUAUGAUAGAUCUAGUUUGCACUUUACACACAGAUAUGACGAGUUAUGAUCGACAUGCCAGACCUCACCCCACGUAUAAUGAGCUACUAGCAUUUGUCUCCUUUCAAUAAAAGAUGUGCAUAUAAUCGACGGAUGUCAUAUCUCAGAUCAUAUGAACUUGUGGAAUAAGCAGUUAGAAAUACUCCUGUGAAAGGUAAUAUCCCGCAUGGUUAUAUAGCAAUGCUAACCGGUGCUGGAGAUGGUUGGAAGAAAGUUAGGGGCGGCCAAACCAAAACGUGGCAUCAGUGCUUGAAGUCACUAACUUCUAGUCUUAGCCAUGUUGGUAGAUGCAGACUACGUGGUUGAGGUCCGCGUGACUAUCGUAGCCAAUGUUUGAAGACCCCGGGUGACAUGGCUCAGAAUAGAUCACAAUGGCGUCGGUGUAUACACUCUCUAUCUUCCCUUAAACUAUGAGAUUUAAAUCGCUUCAUGUCUUUCUACCAACUAAUUCUUUCUUCCCGUACUAUAUCCUUAUAUGCAAUCUUUCUUUUAUAUAUUACCACCUCUGAAUUAACUACUUUUAUGGUAUAGGAGUUGGUUGGAAGAAAGCUAGGGGCGGCCAGACCAAAACAUGGCACAAAUCCAUGAAGUCACUGACAAGUGGACUGAGUCAUGUUGGUAGGUGUAAACUACCUGGUUGGAGACCGCGAGAUGAUAGCAACCGAUGGUUAGAGACCCUGAAUGACAUGGCUCAAAAUCGUUUGCAAUGGCGCAGGUGCAUUCACCCUUUGUGUCCUCCCACAUUCUAAUCUGAUUUCUUUAUAUCCCUUUCUCGUUUCUUCUCUUCCCAAAUUUAUUUCACUAUUAUACUCUUUAAAUAACAUCUCCAAACACUAAUUUUCCCGAUUACUGCUUAUACUCUUAUUACCUCUACCACAACGGGAUUUGAGUCGACCAUUGCAUCUCUGUGCUAAUGUGGUGUGGCAAUUCGAACUGAUGUACGUACGUACGAAGUUCUACGUUGUUACUGACUGACUUUUAUGAAUCCGGUUUCCAUCUUGUGUUAAUGAGGCAUGGCAACUUGGACCGAUGCAUAUAUGUGCCUGGUCCUACGUUGUAGCUGACUGACUGCAUGAUUAUACUGUGGUUCGAGCAUUAGGUCAGAUUGGUAGUCAGUGAUUUUGCGGAAUUAUGUCGAAAACAAAGCAAUAGGCACCUCAAAAACACUUGGUGGUAAAGCAUGGUUUGCGUGCCUUAACUGCCUUAGCACUUCAAAGGACAGAAAAGAAUCCUGAGGAAGUUGAACAGUCGCCUAAGAUGUCUAAAACAUUACAAUUCAUAAGUAACUUCAUCAAGUAGCCGUGAUCAUUUACUCUAAGUUGGUUGUUUUUCGGUGUGAAAUAGGCUGUUGUAUAGCUUAUUCACCCAACUUAUGACAAAACCAAGCGUAAAGAUGCACGACAGUCCUGGUGGUUCAUAGCUUCCCAUAAGCCUCGAUAUAACUCAGUAUCCAGGGGAACCUCCAGGAAGUUGUUGUAAUUGCUCAUUAGGCUUUUCGGUUGACGUUGGCCGGCGACAAGACAAAUAUUCGGACCGGUGGAGCUCGAUAGCUUUCCCAAUUUUCCUUUAUAUACCUUCAAAUUAAGCACAGGACUUCUAUAGAGUCUGAGCUCUUGUAACUUGGAUUACUUGAACCCGUACUUACUUUGAGUCAGAUGAGCAUUUCACUUCACCUAGCUUUACUGCAAUAUCACGAUUUUUUACAAGGCCAAACCAAGUUCGUUACUUAUCAGUACAAAGUUGUGAUUAUUGAGCGUUAUUAGAAUUAUCAAGUGGUCAGUAGUGAGUAGCUUAGAGUGGCGAUCUUCGGGGUUCUAGUGUGAAGCUGGGACUAGUGUUGUGGGUUAAUUACCCACCGAAGACAAUGGAUGGUCGCGCAAUAUCUCGGACUGACUGAAGUUAUGCAUUAACACGAUUAAAUGCCGGAAGAGCGGUCUAGACGUUAAGCGUUCGCACACGAGAGCAGAGGUCUUGGUUUCGAUUCAUACGGGUGGAGUCAUGGAUAUGCACUGCUGAGGUGCCACCUACUAGGGCAGAACGGCCGUCCAAUGCUCCCAGGUUUUUAAUGGUAGUCAAUCACUGGUCGCUCUAUGAUUUCAACGAAUUCGUCAGCUUAUAUUUGCAACUAAGCACUUCCCCGUCAUGAUUUAUGAGACUGAUAAACAUCAAUUUGAAAGUACCCGUAAGGGUGUUCUCACUAUUCAUUUGCGAAUACUUGAAUGUCCAGGAAUUCUUACUUCUUUUAUUGUGGAGAAAAGCGACAAACUGUCCUCACCUUCAAAAAACUAUUCCCGAAUUUAUUUUACAAUAAUGGGGACAUCACAAUUAGGAGAAAAUUUUAAGACAACAAUAUCGAGGUAGUUACUUAAAACAAAUGGUCUACGAUAUACCUCUUACGGGUGAACGAAAUCGAACUCGGUGGUUCAGAGAAAAGCAUAGGCGAAUGAUGCCGACUCAUUCGACAAGCAACAGUUUGGAUAUUUUGGGGUGAAAUACAUCGAGCUGAAAAGCUCUCAAGAACUGUACGUAAAUUGCACGCCAAAAUGCGAAAUGAAUAAAUGGAAGUGUUGACAAUAAUCGACAGCGUCAAUGCUUAGUAAUUGUAAUGUGACUGAGCUGUAUAAUCCAUCCACAGCGUGGGAGGCUUCAUUAUUUUGCUUAGCACUAACACAACGUAACAUGAUCAAAGUGAGCUGACACAGCAGAGACAAACAUUGUAACUAGUUCUCGAAGUAAAAAACCCCUUACAAUAGCAGCUCACAAAAAAAAGUAAAUAACUGUGCUCAGUAUAAAACAACAUAGUAACGACAGGCCGUACGUUUAGGACCUACUAAUUUAUUUGAUCCGCCAAUAGUCUGCAUACUCCUGUGAUCUAAAAACGCUUCUGGAUUUAGUUAUCUUAGUACCUUGUGUGAUAUUGCCUAUCUAAUUAGAUGAAUGCGCAGUGACGUCAGGAUAACCUAUCAGGUAACACAGGAACUCAAUGGCCGUUAGCAUAUUCACUAAGCGUACCAUGUUUUUGAAACACAAGUUGAUUUUUACAACUCAGACAUGGUUGAGAAUUUAGAAUGAAAACAGGUAGCAGUUUGUGAUCUAAGUGUGAGGACAUAAUGUGACUUACGCAACCCAACUAUAAAUGCCUUGACGCGGUGGUCGGGCUUGCCUAUUGUGAUGACCCAACCGAACUAUAUAGGCUGGAACAUAUGUUCCUGUAGGUUCUACCAUGCCAGGCAGGUCGAUUGGAGAACGGUAAGACUAAGAGCAGCAACUCAAGGUCUGAGGGCAAAGUCGUACUGCUGACUGUACAGAGGUGUGACAGCAGUAAGGUGUUUCCUUCAGACAACCAGCAUGACAGCGAUGCUGCCUUCCCACAAGGAGGGGUGGGGUUAGAAAAGGUCGACCCUAAAAAUCUCACACCUCACGGAUUUCCGUCUCCGGCGGUAAGGCCCUUUGAAGAACGGAGCUAACACGUUAAAAACAUCUCGCAAAAAGACCGUGCGCGACCGGCCUCAAGCAGUUGUCCCUUGGGCUCUGCGGUCACGCUCCCAGGUCGUUAAGACCAACAAUAAUCUAAUUUCCUUUUCAGGCUCCUCAAGAAAUACCCUUCCACUGUGUGGGCAGCCGGGAAGUGAUAUCAGCGCUCGUACCCGUAACAGCACACGAGACCAAGUUGGUCACAUUCAAAUCCUAACUGACUGACAUUUCAAAAGGAUUUGAUAAAAUUAUAGCACCUAAUUCUCCCAAACAAGAACGACCGACUAACUACUUCUCAGACGGUGAAUGAAUGAAAGGCAAAAGCUAUCAAAAUAUUGGGUCAAGAAUGGAAUUAGAGAUUGAAUUGUACAGCGAACGAAAUCGCGUAUAAUGAUAAUAAAUCAGCCCACAGCUAUAGCUAUGUGAAACUAAACUAGGUAACAAUUCAUUUAUUAGGCACGCGUUCCGCCAACCAGUCAUAAUCUACAUGUGCUUUCGAUCCCAGAUGAUAUUCUAGAAGUCGCAAGGAAAGAAGCUUAUUUACGACACUUAGUUACAUAACUGUGGAUGACCAUGUGUUUCCGAUGCGUGAUGAAGAUACAGGAAACUUUCAAGAGUUUCGGAAGUCGUUGUAUUACUUUUUAUAUCACAAUGAACUACAUACUUCAAUUAUGCUACAUCAUUUGUUUAUUCAGCGAGAAAGCCUCUCUAAAAAUUAUAUUAACGUAAUUGUGCUACCUCAUAAAAUGCAACUUCUUCAUCCGUUAACCUUUUCCUCCGAAACCUCGGGUUAAUAAGAGAGGCUUCUACUGCCAACUCUGGAGGCACUGAUGAUUUCACAACAAACGUUGAGUUGAUGCGAGUUUGUGAAUCCCCAGAAUUUCUCGAACUUGAAGAGAACAUAUGUUAGUCGUAUAAAUUACAUGUUUAUGGAGUUUUUCAAUUGACUGCGGAACUUUAUUAGUGGCACAUGUUUCUUAACCUAAGAGACAUCUAUAAUAGUUACAUUUAUCUCACCAGGACAGUUAGACUAGACAUUUUCAAGUGACCGCGUGUUUUU